UCCAACUCUCAGCGAAUUGAAACUGAAACUAAACUUACCAGAGGACAUUUUUAUUGAAUCUGCACAUUUACUUUGAGUUUGUUUUGUUAAAAUGGGACUUGGGAACAUACUCCUGUUAACACAAGUGAUAGCUUAUCUUGUCUCAUUCAUUGUGUCAUUCUUCAUAUUUAUACCAAUAGCUGCAAAUGUGAAGGAGUUCAAUGGACACUGUUUACUCUAUGCUGAUGGAACGUUUGACAACAAAACAAGAGAAUUCGUAAACAUUGUUUGGGGGAAUGACAGUGCUUGUGGUUUCAAUAUAUUUAUGGGUGUUAUUAUAAUGCUAUUAUCCCUGUUCUACAUGGUGUGGGAAUCUGUGUAUCUCUUCAAAAAUAUAGAUGGGUCAUGGUUGGAUUGUUUCGUCACAGCUUUAAUAAGUCUGCUAGUUUGUCUGAUGUUGUUUGGAUCAUCCCUCACACUGAGUGUUGGCUUUAAUGAAUGGUGUGGUUUGAUAGUUAAAUCAGUAAUCAACUGUGAAAUGGGAGAUUUCGUAACAUUUACUGAAGAAAAAGACAUAAAUACAUCUAACUUUUACUUGGAAAUGAUGAUGGCUCAGUUCUGUACCUGGAUCUGUUGGAUUUGUUGGGUUGUUUUAUCAGUUGUAGCUGUAAUUAAAGUUUACAAAUACCAUCAACAAGAGUCAUUCACCAUUAGUAUGAACAGGGAACGUGAGAGACUGUUGCAGAGAGCUGGACAUCGUCAACCUGUUGUCUUAUAAGAUUUUUGCAGCCUGUUUUAUACAAUAUAACAGGGUAUACCAAUUGCCAUGAUAGGUUGCAUAAGAAUCAAGUCUUAUAUAGUCAAACAAUACUAAAUGUUUAUUUAUAGCAUCCACAAUUUGCAAUUGUAAAAACUGGCUUAUAUAUUUGAUUUUAUAUAACAUAACAUAUUUGAGAAUACUCUUUAGAAGUGAGCAAAGCUUAGUGAUUGUGAAGUAAAGUACUGUCAUCUAGUGAAAUGUACAGUACCUCUAAUAGUAUAUGUUGUCAGUUUUGUGUACAAAUCUGACUGAAAUCUUCUGUUUGAUGAGCUCAGACUACUAGUAGAACUGCAUACCUUUGUCAUGUAGUGUAUAGUAAUCCAUGCAGAACAAACAGAUGAUUCUAUUCCGAUAAUGGUGGUUACUUGAGAAUAAUUGAGCACACAAUCAUGAUGUUCAUAGUGUCUGUCAAUUCUUGAACUUGUUUCUGGACUUUCCUCAAGUAAACUAUAGAUCUUGAAUCGUAAAAAUGAACUUAAACCCAGUCAGUCUCAAAUGUCAGUGCCAUCUUAUUGUGUAUCAAAUUAAUCUUAGUAUCACUGACUAAAACUUCUUUAUGUAAUAGAUAUUUAGGCAUAAUAGGUCAUUUAUUUUGUGUGAAAUUAAUUAACAUCAAUUAUUAUCAUGAGUUAUCUCCCCAAAUGGAUCAGUUGUAAAAUGUUUGUUUAAAUUAUAUACAAAAUACAACAGUAAUUGCCAAAAUCUCCCACUUUUUUUAAAAAAAGCAAUCUCCCUCUUUGAUGAAAGCAAUCGUCUGCUUUUAUGAAAGCAAUCUCCAACUUUGAUGUAAGCAAUCUCCAACUAUGAUGAAAGCAAUCUCCAACUUUGAUGAAAGCAAUCUUCCACUUUGAGAGAAGCAGUCUCUCACUUCAAUGAAAGCAAUCUCCUCAUUUUAUUCUCUUUCACCAUUUUUUCACAAAAAGUAGUUGUUCAGUGAGAAAAAAUGUACAAAUCUCUAUCAAAACAUAGUUUGUUUACACAAUGUAGAGUUCUAAAGCUACAUGAAAUAUUGUGUUGUUAAUGAAUUGUCUUUAAUAAUAUGAAUGCAUCUGAAUGUUAAUUGUUAUCAUACAUGUGACAGAGUUGUCUUGUCACAACUGGAGAUUUGAAAAUUUUCAGCUGGUGUUUAGGCCUCAAAACUGAAGAUUUUUUAUCGACGUGUUUCGUUGUUCCAGGUAAGGGUUUGUAUAGUAUACAAAUCCUUGUUCAGGUUAAUUUUCAUGCUAGUUUAACUACACAUUCCUCAUUUUCAACCGGAUUUUUGAAGGAAAAAUUGGUUAUUGAUUUGGGGAUGUACGACGGGCGGCUGCCAAACAGUGUCUCUUCAAUUACAUGAAAACGCUGUGAUGAUUUUUUUUCAAAUUUAGAUAUGUUGUUUCUAGUGACUAAAUGAAGGUCAAGUUCAAUUUUCACAGUUGUAGUAUUUCUCCUUUUUGAGUUAUUGCCAUUUUUAAUAUCCAAAAGUGGUAUUUUUAAAUAUUUUCUCUUGUAGUCAUAAGCAUAUGGUAAAUGUCUUAUCUCACAAUUAUAAUUGGAGUGACAGAUUUAUUUGAAAAUUUUCUAUUAAAAUGAGAGUGGUAAAGUUCAUUAUUGAAGACUUGUUAGUCUGAUUUUAGACGAAAAAAACAAUAAAAACACUAUUCCUUUUAGCAUAUCAGUUAUUUUUUAGUAUAUCUAGCCAGAGAUUUUAAAAGUCAAAUGUAUUUUCAUGUCUCACAGCCCGUGCAAAUCCCCUGAAAGGAAAUCAGAUUUCAGAGCAAUCUUGGACACUAUAUUGUGGAUUAAUUUAUUUUCCGUGGGCACCAAUUUUCUUUUACUGAGGAAAAACGGUAUUUUCAUGGAUAUUUGAUUUCAUUGUUUUUCCAACGUCUGCUAAGAAGCCUUAAGAAAAUUUGUGUUUGUAAUUUGUGGUUCUCAUAUACCCUUGAAAUCCAUCAAAAUUGAUGAUGUAGUGCUCAACAUCUCAUAAAAGUGUUAAAUACAAAUGUUUUGUUUCUGUUCUGUGUUUCACAGGGAAAGCUGCAGAGUUUUGGGAAAAUAAAGGCAAGUGUUUAAUAAAAUAACACAAACAAACUUGGGCAUAUUUAUAAACUGAACUUGCAAUACUAUUAACUUGUUUGUUAUGUUAUCGAGAACCGAUGACACCAGGAUAUCCCACAAAUAUUAAUGAAUCAACAAUAUUUAAAUAUUCGAGUGGUGCAUUUAGGUGCUUUGUAAGUUAAAGAUUGUAUUAAAGAUGCCAUAUUUUAUUGUUGUUCUGUAUCAAAAGAUAUUUAUUCUACGUAGUAUAAUAAAAUAUUGUUUCCAUUUUUUUUUUCCAUUUUUAUAUUUAUAUUAUAGUAUUAUUUUGUAUAGAUUUAUUGUAUAUUUGUGAUAAUGUAAUUUAUAAAUUAAAAUAUUGUGCCCUUCCAACAGGUUCUGCAUAUCUUCAGUUUGAGCUUAUAUAGCUCUCUAUAUGACUAUAUAAGCUCAGUGAUGGCUAUAGAAAUUAUCUCCCUUUUCAAUUUUCUAAUGAAAUUUUUGUUUUUUACUUAUUUUUUUAGAAAAUGCAGUCUAAAAGUAUGCAGACAUGAUUAAGAAGUACUGCUCAAUAUAAUUUUGCAAUUUAUUUCUUUAACUGCAAAAUUAAUAGUAUUCUAAAAAUAAAUUUCGUUUACAUAGAAUUAAUCAAGUAUUAUAGGCUGCACUUUUAAGUAUACAGCUAGAUGCAGAAACUGAAAUUUCAUUUGAAUAUAUUUGAAAGGGAGAUAAUUUUUUAUAGCUAAAAUAGCUUAGAUUAUUUCUAAAAAGCCCAAAUGUGCUAUAUAAACCUGAACACCAAAUAUACGGGACCUGUCAAUUUUAU